AUGCCUCCCGUCAAAGAUGAGAUGAAAGCUGAGAAGCGUGAGCUCAAGCAGAUUGGAGCCACAGCUGCUGCGAAAAUGGUGGGACAGCACACACGCGCGGCCGUCAUCAAAGCCACAAACACAGAUUUGUUGCCACCCAAGCGGAAGCAUAUCAAUUAUCUGUUGGACUACAUGUAUCAGGGAGGAUCCAUCGACAAGGUCGUCAGUACGCUAUUCGAACGCACUCGCGAGAAGAAUUGGAUUGUUGCCAUGAAAUCUUUGGCUGUAUUUCACACUCUCAUGAAAGAAUGUCGACGAGGAUUUAUGCGUUGUAUGGCUUCUCGUCCUACCAACUUCCGGCAUAUGUAUAACUUUCUUGACAAACUGAACAAUGAAGGUUUCGAGAUGUCUUGGUUCAUCCGUAAGUACGCAAUGUACCUGGAGGAGAAGGUUGCGACCUGUCGAGAGUAUGGUGUAGACUAUGUUCAUCAUAACUCAGCGGCGUCUUAUGCGCCUCUCGACAACAAUCAACUUUGCAAAGCUGUGGCCGCUAUACAAGUGCAGCUGCAGGUCUUGCUAGACGUCCAGAUUCCGUUCGAGGAGGUCACAAAUGCGGUACAGAAGAACGCUUACAUGAUAAUUAUGAGGGAGUGUGUGCGGCUCUAUGUGUCGUUGAAUACGGGGGUCAUCACAAUCCUUGAGAGGUUUUUCAAGAUGUCUAAGAGUCAGGCCGAAAACGCUCUACGGAUCUACGAGAACUUUCUUUUGAAUAUAAGCGCGGUUUCUUCAUUCUUGUUGAUUGGCUCCCGAAUCGACGUCAGCAUGUCAGCGGAAAUCCCAGCUUUGAAAUCGCCACCGGUGACUCUGAUUGAUUCGCUACGGAAGUAUGUGGGAGAGGAAGCCCCCGCUGUGGCAGAAUAUACACCAAGGAGCGAGAGCCUGUUCAAAACAAACAGCAAUAUAGCGCGCCAGGCACCUGGAUUCCAACCAAUAUACCAUGGGCAAACAUCGUCAUCCAUUAAACCUGCGGUUCGGUCGGCUGCAUCCGAUAGUGCAAAGACGCAACCGAGUAGGAAAGCGGAUUACGCUCUAGCAAAUGUAAGUACUGUGGCGAAGCCAGCGGUGGCUGAGGUCAAUCUGCUUGACUUUGAUGACGGGCCUAGUACAGGCACUAGUUCCAAUCCCUAUGCCACUACUGAUGCGUUUUCCGUCAGUGUCAGCACCAACAAUCCUGGAGGCUUGCCCUCCGACCUGUUCGGACCGAUCAGUUCUGGAAAUCAGGAACUACAUUCGGCACCUGCGCAGGGUGACGGACAUCAACAACAAAUGUUCAAUGGUCAAGCUCAAGGGUACUACAAUGCUGGAAUGAACACGGAUGCCAAUUAUAAUACAAAUACAAUGCAGCAAGGAAUGGGUGGAGGAGGAUACAACAGUAUGCGACAACAACAACCGUCGUACGGCAUGCAACAAGGGGGUACGCAGAAUGGCAUCAACUCAAAUCGGUCAUCCUUUGACCAAUUUACGAGUCGAUCGUCCUACGACCAAAACCAAAAUCAAUCUUCCUACGAUCAAAAUCAAAAUGGCGAAUCCAACGAUCAAAAUAAUCCGUUUGCUAUGACAGUAGCCGUUCAGCAAAACGAUCCUAUGCAACAAGCCAUGGGAAUGUAUGACCAGAAGCAGCAGUACAUGGGCAUGGGUGGGGGUGGAGUACAGCAGCCAAUGGGAGCGUACCAACAUCAACCCUUGGGUAUGAAUCCGCGACCAAAUGGGAUGCAGCAAAUACAGAAUGGCAUGCAACAGAUGCAAAUGGGUCAAAACUAUCAACAGCAAGACCAACAACCUAUGCAGAAUAACAACAACAACUACCAGAACGAUCCCUUCAGCGGCGCGGUGGCACGAUCGAACAAUCCGUUCGAUUGA